GAACGUCAAACAGAAUGCACUCUAAUUCGACUUUAGGUAUAUGGUAUUUUCACGGCGCGACGAAAAUGUCAUUUAAUCUUCACCUUUGUGAAUUCACCAUGAAGGCUAUGAUGCGCCGUCCAGUUUGGAGUGAACGGUUGCCUAGGUACCGUAAAUGAACGAGUGUGCUUGACGUAAACAAAACUGAUUUGUCAGCGGCUGAGACUGUGUAUCUUCAACUUUGGAUUUGUUAUCCGACGACCAAUUUCACGUGAGAUGACAUCGCUCGAUUUACGACAGCAGAAGCUGGAACAGCAGAGACAAUUAAUUGCACAAAAGAUGAAACAGAAAAGGCAAACUGGUGCUAGUGGAAUGGUGCAGGCAUCUAAUGUAUCCAGUGCACAACUUAGAAGUCAUUCAAAUAGAUGGAUGAAUCCAAACAAGGAACUUCAUGCAUACGAUGGUCCAUUACAAUAUACUAUGUCUCAAGCGAAUGCAGAUGUAGGACCAUAUGCAGAGAGAAAAACUAGUGAAGGGACAAUUAAUGCAGUGGUCAACGAAAGAAGUCUAUACGAAAGUUUUCAAAAUGUUGAUUGUGCCGACGAGGAAUCAUCACCCAUAGAUCUGCAUUCACCUUCAGAGUCUCUAUCACGUUCCUCGCCACUUCGAGUGGCACCAUCGGAAGGAACUAAUACUCUUAUUAAUAGAGAUAAUAAUUCUUCUAGUCCAGAAUUGGAAGGAAAUGUUGAAGGUAACAUUGAACAAUUCGUGUUACAACCGGCGAAUAAGAAAAUGUAUUACAAAUGUCGAAUAACUCGCGAUCGGAAAGGAAUGGAUCGUGGUCUUUAUCCGACCUACUUUUUACAUCUAGAACGUGAUUAUGGAAAGAAGAUCUUUUUAUUGGCUGGUCGAAAAAGGAAAAAAAGCACAACGAGCAAUUACUUAAUCUCAACCGAUCCUACGGAUCUUUCGAGAGGAGGAGAGUCUUAUGUAGGUAAACUUCGAUCAAAUCUUUUGGGAACGCAAUUCACAAUUUAUGACAACGGAUACUCGCUAAUGAAAGAUGACAAACGCGAUGAGCGUUUCAAUCCGCGGCAAGAAUUAGCCGCGGUAGUGUACGAUACGAACGUUCUAGGUUUUAAAGGGCCACGUAAAAUGACAGUCAUCAUACCAGGUAUGACGCCCGAUCAAAAGCGAGUGGAGAUAUGCCCGCGGGACGAAUCAGAAACUUUGCUUGAACGUUGGAAAUCGAAACAUAUGGACAAUUUAAUAGAAUUACAUAAUAAGACACCUGUAUGGAACGACGAGUCACAAUCCUAUGUGCUUAACUUCCAUGGGCGAGUAACUCAGGCAUCCGUAAAAAAUUUUCAAGUGGUUCACGAUAGUGACGUGGAAUAUGUUGUGAUGCAAUUUGGACGUGUUGCAGAGGAUGUUUUUACAAUGGAUUAUAGAUUUCCUCUUUGUACAGUCCAGGCAUUUGCCAUCGCUCUGAGUAGUUUCGACAGUAAAUUAGCGUGCGAAUAAAAGAGCGCGGUCAUGUCAUCGAUCAAAUGUAAACAAUCAGUUAAGUAUAUAUACUUGCCUGCACGAGUUACUAUAGCAUUCUAAAUCGUUAGCUUUUUAAUGGACAAUCAGUAGAUUACCAGUAAGUACCAAUCUAUAGUAUCGAAUGGUACCAGAAUAUGAUAUCGAACCGUUUUAUAAAAACUCGAUUAUAUGAUUAAAUGUGAAAUACGAAUCACUGUAAAUGUGUGUUCACUUUUCGUAUUUCGUGUAGCAAACCUAUUUCUACAGAAAAUGUAUAAUGUGAGAUGAUUGCUACAUUGUUCGUGAUAUAAAAAUGUUGAAUUUUUCAUAAAUAAUUCGAUAAUGCUGACAUUACAUUUCAAGUGUUGCACAUUGCAUUGUGAUCAUCAUUUUCAUUUUCUCUUUCAAAUUAAUUACCGACAUAAAAUUAUUGCUGUUUGUAAAAAUCCAUGUGAAUCUCUUGGCCAGUGAUUUAGAAACUUAACACAGUACAUCUUUAUAUUAAAUAUUUGACAUAUUCUUAUGAAUAGCGAUUUAUGCACAGGGUGUUUGUAAAUGAUAAGCCAUAAAUAUAUGAUUUUACAGUGCCUUGGCAUGAUAUUCAUUGUGCAUUUAAAGGAUUAUAUCAUAUUAUCGAUUGUGUGUGUGUGUGAUAAAAAAAAGAUUGUGAAAUGGCAAAAUUAUUUAC